GCACCAUAUUUUCCGAUCAAUUCGAUCAAAACGUCCGAAAUGAAUUUGCUCUCGCAGCUGAUCGUGAAACUUGCUGACAGAAUUGUGCGUCGUACAUGCGGGAGAUCUGACGUAAUCCUCAAUGAGCGAUAUAGCAAUGGAGCCGUCGAUGAUAACGCCCGAUGAUAACAGAAAACGUUGCGUCAAGUCGAGGCCCACCGGUGCGGCUCUUCUGGACGAAAUGAUUGAGAUGCAAAAACGUAUUGAAGCAUUACCGGAACUAUAUUCGAGCAUGCAGAAGUUCUUCAUGAAAAAAGAACAGGAAUAUGGAUUGCUGAGUAAUCUUCUGUCACGAGCAACCACGGAAACGUCCAGCAAAAUUGAUCAAAUCGUGCAAGGCAUCCUCAGGAUAUAUGAUUCGCACAAUGUACUACCAACGAGCGAGAAACUUAAGGCAUACAUCAACCUAAAAGUUGAUGUACCAAUCAUCUCGAGUAUCCAGGUGAUGCUGAUGAACACCAACUUUUAUUCACAGUAUCGCCUGGCAGAGGAUAUGUUGCGCGGUCACCAAGUGGGCUUGUGGCCGAAAAUUUCUCCAUAUCUGUUGAUUCAGAUAAUUUGGGGUCUGCAUUGCGAGGAACUGCUGCCGAGAUUUGUGCUAUAUCUGCCAUUGGAGCUGUCCAUCGAGAUCCUCACUGUAACUAUACCGUGUUUAGCAGAGUUGGAAUUCCAGCGGGCCAUAAAUCUCGUGACUCAACUUGCGAAUUACAUGUAUAAGUUAAUCUAUAGACUGAGUGUCAGUGGCACGCAGACACACCCAUAUGAGGAACAUAUACAUCAGUUACUGGCAAGUUUUCAAGAGUUAUCGGAUCAACUAACAAAUCCGAGGGUAACUCGGUUGCCUGACAUAUCAGAGCAAUUGAGGUACGAGCAUCAAGGGAUCAUUUUGAAGAAUAUUAUCCGUUUGAGUAAAUUGUGCACGACGGAGAGGAUGCAUGGCGGCAUAGACGACAAUGCUGAGAAAUUAUAUAUGUUGACAUUCGGCAACGAGCUGAAAGGAAAACUGCCGUCAACGUUACUGCUAUCCUGCAUCGAUCAAAUGGACCAAGCUUUGGUACUGCUGCUGAUGAAACAUUUGAAAGAGGUGAAUUGCCACAUGUACCUCGCCUGGGCCGAGAUGGAAGAUCGGGAGAACCCGUUGCUGAGUUUGCAACGCGCAAUCAUCACGGAAUGCGUCUACUUCGGAAAGGUUAUACAGACGGACAAAUUGCAGCAAAAUCAGGAGCUACAGAUGUGUUUGGAUCAGCUGGUAGGAUCAAAUAAGCAACCGCAAUUGACGCUGAAGGAGAUCUGCGACGGCGUGCAGUCGGGCCAGCUGAAGGACCUUAAAGAGCUGCUGCUUCGUUACCAUGAGUGGGACGAGUCAAUGUUGCAGUUCAUUAGCACUUGGGAGAGAUUGCUGACAAACGAAAACUUCGAGGUGCUCUUCAAGUAUCUCAAGCAUAUAUUCUCAGUGAAGCAGUACACUCCGCAGGAGAAACUAAAGCUCCAAACCAUGGUCAUAGAAAUAAUGUUGAAGCGCAGCAUGGAGGACAUAUACAAUAUCGUGCUGAUAUACGUGCUUCACUACUACCAUGACAAUUUUCUAGAGGAGUUAUACGAUCCCGUCAGCUUCUACACUUUGUUGCGACAAGCAGGAGGCAUUUGGAACAACCCGUUUUUUAUGAAGAGUCUACUAAUACACAUACUACACAGACCCCAAGAAGUAUUGAUGUCUCUGAUCUACAUUACCGUCAACACAUCUAACGAAUGUGUGUGCACACCACAGCAGCUUUUGAUACUACGGCCCUUCCUAUGCCUGAAAAUCAGCGAGGAUCAGACAAUCUUAUCGAAGAUGCUGUAUAAGUUGUGUUUCUGUAGCCACCGUUGGGACAUACAAAAGUAUACGAAUUUCGUCACCGUGAUGUUAGGAACUUUCGUUAUCUCGCCGGAGGAUAUCCUGAAUAACGUGUUCAUCCGUUAUCUGGUAGAGCAACCUUUCGAUCAGAUCAACGUCAGCUGCAUCCUUAUAAAUAUCUGCAAGAUCGUUGAUACGUACACGCCCAAAUUCGGCGUGGUGGAGCUGUGCGUGGUAGUAGCGCGCAAAAUUAGCAACUGGCGCAAAUGUGAACCUACGAAGCGCCGUACGAUGGUGAACGAGUUGAUGACAAAUCUACUGCGCGUGCUGAAUAAAUGCGUGCGAAAACCUUAUCUCAUGACCGUCGAACAGAAACGGCAGGUGUUGAACACCAUACUGCCGCACAUUGAGCCUCUCGAUAAGGCAGUCUUCGCGCCACUUUUGUAUCUGGUGCAGGGUGACAUUCUCAGCAUCAUCAACGAUUACACAAGACGUUGCUACAUAGUACGCAGGAAAUUCAAGGAAAUGUAUCAACGGGAUAUUGAUAUGUUUUUACAUAUAGAUCACAUCCCGCUAGAAAAACAGGAUUUUAUCCGGCACAUGAUGCUGCACGCUGUCGAAAUGGAGUAUUACAGGCACUGCUUGGACAUGACGCUCAAGUAUUGGUUCUUCUUCGGUUGGCUCAGUGAAUGGGAUGCCUACGAUAACGUGACACGCAUCACCAUGGAGGCGGUGUGCGUUGGGCUCGAGUAUAAGGAAAACGUGCCACCCGACAAUUUCUCCAUGUUGUUGAAGAACUGCAUACGAUUCACAGAGAUGUUAUCGUGGGACGUCACAACAUUCGAAAAAAAGGACAUGAUCAUACAAAUCCUGCUGAAGAAUAUGUAUCUUGUUGUUCCGAGCACGCAAGGCACGCAGUAUUAUGAUACGUACAACGCUCUUCUCGCGAAUCUUGAAAACAUCGUGAGCACGAAAAAAUCAUUAUCGGAUUUUAUAAUCCAAAUUGGUGUAUUCAUCUCGAAUAUGUCUAACGAGGCGGACGAAGACAACAGAAAACGCACGCGUAGUCACGAGAUGGACGAUAUGAUUGAUUCCUAUAAGUUCAUAUGCGGCUGUUUUUCAAUACCCGGCACGGAAAAGCAUCAUCGAUUUGUCGAGAAGAUAAAGAACAUAAUUUUUUCGGAAGAUUGCGGUUAUCUCAAUUAUCAUCCGCUUUAACUAGAAGAAGAUCAUGACGACGAUGUCUCACGUAUGUGACAACUAGAUGAUAUGACAAUCAUAUUGAUAAUCACAAUUCGGAUUCAAGCGCAUGUUUUAAGUAUUGAUACUGUUCCGCGGCACCAUCCGAAGAUUGUUAACGGACAUAUAUUUCCUCGAAAAAAAAAACAUAUACCAAAAUCUGAAUACUAAGUGAUUUGCCAAAAUAUCGAAAAUAUGUAAUCACGAUCGACGUAUAAUGUCCCGCAAGAUAAAACUGUCGAAAUUCGGAGAUUGGAACAGUUUACUGAAAAAUUAUAAUAUCGAAGUCCGCGAAUACCCAGACAAUAUUCUGAAUACAAUUUUCCCGAAGUUUACAAUUGUUUCAAGCAAGAACUAUUAUUCCCGUAAACAGUGUACAUAAGUAUAUUAAUAUAUUCAUUAUAUAUAUGUAUAUAUAUAUAUAUAUCAACUCAAUUGAGAUAUAUUCACUUUUGUUGUAUUCAAAUGAGUGAAUACUAAUGCAACCGACUGUACGAAACAAUCCCGAUAUCUUGAUAAAAUUGUACUUCGGAUUUUUUCUAUGGCUAAAUUUCGCGCGAUAUCGCGCGACUUUCAUAAAAUUGUUCCAUUUCCUAAAUUUAGUUACAUGUUUUUCCAGGACAAUGUAUGUCAACCAAAAUUACAAUGCAAAAUAUCGAUAGAAUGUAAUUGUAAAAAAUCAGAAUAUCAACUAAUAUAACGAGAAAUCACGUUUUGUUACGUAAUCACGUAUAUAACGAAAUAUAUUAAUAGAAUACCGAAAAAUUAUUUGUUUACGGAAGUCAUUCCUUGAGUACAAUGCAUAUUACAAAAUUAAAUAAGAAAU